GUAGAACAAAAACUGCGUUUUCAAAUUUUGCGGUGUAGCGUGGACGCUGCCUGAAUGAAGCAGAAAAGCAGCAAAAAGUUCACUGGAAGAUUAAAAAACUAAUAAAUUAUUGUUUCAGUUCACUUAGUUGAAACAGAUUUUAGUAUAAAAAUAAGCUUAUCCUUCCAGCUAAGUUUGUUACCUUACAUUUAGUUCUUGUCCUUUUAUACUUCCGUGAACUUCAGUGAACUCGAUCGUUUCUGAGCAGCGCAAUCUGUUGUUGUGAUGAUGACAGCCACGUAAACAAGUAAACUCUUGCUUCAUUUGACUUGAACAAGGCGUAUAAUUUUUAGCAACGCCACAACUUCGGAGAUUCCCUUUAACCCUCUGUCGUUUGUCGAAUUUUACCAGAAUUUAGACAACUUUGGAGGUGAUCAUGCGAAGACCAUUUCGGAAGAAAACUGUUUCGCUCGCUUUCCUGACAUUUUCAUUCAACUCAGAAUUGAGUGAAUAACAACGUGCGACAAAUGUUCCCGCCUUUUCUUACCAUCACUUCGUUUAGACGAAACUGAAAUGUCCACAACACUCUCUCAUUUAUCCUAUCGCGGACUCAUGGAAUAUUUGUUAACUAUUUAGUUAAACAAUCAAGAUGGGUUGAGACCUGAACAUGCAAACGUAAAAUUACAAUUUUUAGAACUUGGGGAUAUUUUAACAACUAUUCCAUGAGCAAAAGAGGCAAAAUCGGGCUCGUAUCUAACAAUGACUAAUGGAGUGAUUGUUUUAUUACAUUCUGCAAUCAACUAGAUAAUGUAGACAUUUCAAUGUGAUCUAAAUGACAAGACGGUUCGAGACUGUUGGAAAUAGAGGCAAGAUUUGUAACUUUGAGUUGAAUGAAACGUGUGGAAAGCGAGCGAGACAACCGAGAAAGAGUUUUCUUCUGAAAUGUUUCUCGUACAAUCUCCUCUCAAGUGUCAGAAAAUUGUUACAAGCCGAGUAAGGUUCACUGAAAGAAUCGAUGUUACAGCGUUGCUGCACAUAUUGUACGCCUUGUGCAAAUCAAAUGAAGCAAAUAUUUACACCGCUCCUGAAGUAUAAAAGGACAAGACCCAAAUGUAAGGUAACAAACUUUACUGAAGUGGUUUUGCUAAUUUUCUGCUAAUAGCUGUUUUUAGUUUCCGAAAGAAAUUGUGUCGGGUUUUAGAGACUCCGGUAUGAAUGUGCUUGCUGCUUUUCUUCUCCAUUCAGUCGCUUUUAAUAAAAGCUGUUACAAGCCAUUUAAAAACAUUUUCAAAUAAGCUCAUUUGUUUGAUUUCGCAUCAAAAUCAUUGAGAAAAUUUGUGGCUUUUUGUUUCCAGGAUGGCAUUUUCCAUCAGCCUAGUAUUUACGCGGUAGAAAGCUCACAGAGUCUGCUGUUUUUAGCCACUUUUUUUUCAGGGAAACUUUCACCUCCCGCCGACAAAUUUGUAAGCUAAGUGAUACUUGCAACACUCAUUUUCCGUAUGAGGGGAAACACUGGGUAUGGCUGAUAAAAAUGAUUCAGUGAACUAAUCAGAAAGCUAGAAAUGCACUUUCCGAGGUUGAGAAUUUAAUAACAUCAGAUAUUCUCCAGUCUUGUGACGUAUUUUAGACCAAUUGCGCUCGAGAACUAAAAGAUUUCAUUGAUGAAUUGACAAUAAAAUGGGUAACAAUUAUAACUGGCCAUGUCAAAGCAAAUUCUGUACGUAUAAAAUGAAUUUUUAGCUUCACAACUUAGUGUUUUUUAAUUUUUUUCAACUCCCUUAUUGCUCGGAUCAUGUUCCUUCAGUUACUAGCAUACAAAAGAAAGUUAAGUGUACGCGGUACUGUAAUUUCUCGAUCGUCCAGCAUUUCUUUGAUUGCUGUAACAUAUCUCUAGAAUUAGAAACUUGUUCAGGGCGACACAGCAAAGAGCAGCUACGCUAAGCUUGGUGAAAAUGACCGAAGAGUUUAAAAUGCAGGAAAUUUUAAAUCACGUUGUGAUUAAGAUGCUGACAAAAAGAAAGUGGGAAAAAUAUGCUUCGUUCUGGUUCAGGUUUCGCGCAUGGAAUUACACGAUAUUCCUGACAGCUCUCAGUACCGAUUUCAUGAUGGCUGCGAAUUCUGUGGAUCCAGUGCGUUUUGGGAAAACACGUUUCUUUCAGUUCCUUGAAGUCUGGGUUAUCUCCAUGACUUUGUGGUUUAUAAUUGACGAAAUCUCUGAGCUCAGAAGAGAACCAGUCGCCUACAUCAAAGAUGCCUUCAACUAUUUCGAUCUGUCAGGAUACUCUCUCAUUCUGGCGACCUUCCUCUUUAGAUUUCUUGGAAGUGAUCUCCAGUGGACUUGCGCUUCUUUGGCAAUCGGCAUUAAUUAUAUCGGUAUUUUUAAGUACUCAGGUGCAAACCAAAAUACUGGACUGUACAUAAAAUGCCUUGGCAAGGUCAUCUACAAGGACAUUCCGAGAUUUCUGACGGUGUUUAGUAUUAUUCUGGUGACAUUUUCAGUUUCAUUCUUCUUGGCUAUCAGAGCGGACAAAUCCAGGUUGGAAGAGAAAGCACUGAAAAACAACGCUCUCAGAAAUGAAAUGUCGUGUACGACCAGCGUAGGAUGUGUAAUGUUAUCUGGUGUAAUGACCUGGCUCGAAGGAUCGUCCGUAGUUCGUAAUCUGCGAGAAGUUGGAUGGCUAGGGGUACUACUGACAUUGCUAUUCAUGAUGAGUGUGACGACUAUUCUGUUGAACAUCCUGAUUGCACAACUUUCGCUGACGUACGAACUGGUCCAAGAAGAGUCACUGAAUUCUUUCACUGCGCUAAGAAUGCAGGCCGUGGCUAUCAUUGAGUGGCAGAGCAGGUUUAAAUUUUGGAAUCUUCGAAAGAAGUAUUAUGUUCCUGGGGAAUUAAAGACCAAAGAAGAAAUUGAAGAGAUGAUGAAAGAGUACAGAGAGAGUGCGAAUCUGGUGCCACCCAUGCCCGAAGAGAUAUGCGGGCAGAUUCAAGACCGAUUCAGUGCCAUGAAGACAAACUCCAAACAACUGCGGUAGAGUAUUCUAAGUUUAAUGCCACAGUCACGACUUUUUGUAAAACGAAAAG